AUGAGACCAAUUAAGUUGAUGGGCCACGAGCGUUCGUUGACGCAAGUCAAGUUCAACAGAGAAGGUGACAUUCUUUUCUCUGUCGCCAAGGACUCCUCGGCUUCCAUUUGGUACUCCUCCAAUGGAGAGAGACUCGGAACGUUAGAAGGCCACAAGGGUACCAUCUGGUCGAUCGACGUUGACUCCAAGACUUCGCUCUGUGCCACUGGAAGUGCCGAUUUGAGCACCAGAUUGUGGAACGUCGAGACCGGUGAGUGUGUCUACUCUUGGGAAGCUGCUUCGCCAGUGAGAAGAGUUGCCUUUUCUCCAGACAACCUGAGAUUGCUUGCAGUCAACGACAAGGUUAUGGGCUCUAAGGGUGCCAUUUCCGUGUACAGAAUCAACUACGACAACGUUUACGAGCAGAGCAACGAGCCAAUCCUUGUGAUUGAAACCAGAGAAGACGCCACCAAGGUCACCGUGGCUGGCUGGUCUGCCGAGGGUAAGUACAUCAUUGCCGGCCACGAGGACGGUUACGUGUCCAAGUACGAUGGCGAGACCGGUGCUUUCAUCGAGACUGUCAGAGCACACGGUAUCCACAACGAAGAGAAGGUGGUCUCCAUUACCGACAUCCAAUUUGCUGAUGAGGACAGACUGUAUUUCAUCACUGCAUCCAAAGACAAGAACGCCACUCUUGUUGAUGUAGACACUUUCAAGGUGCUCAAGGUGUAUCCUGCCGAUGCUCCAAUGAACACCGCUGCCAUCACUCCAAAGAAGAACUUCGUCAUUUUGGGAGGUGGUCAAGAAGCUCGUAAUGUCACAACAACCUCUGAGUCUCAGGGUAAGUUCGAGGCCAGAUUUUACCACAAAAUCUUCAUGGAUGAAAUCGGUAGAGUCAAGGGACAUUUCGGUCCCUUGAACACUGUCGCCGUGCAUCCAGAUGGUACUGGGUACGUUUCUGGAGGAGAGGAUGGUUUCAUCAGAGUGCACUACUACGACAAGUCCUACUAUGACUUCGAGUUUGAUGCUGAGAGAACCGACAGAGUCAUGUCUCAAGCUCAAAAGGCCAACGCCUAA